GCCAAUAAACUAGACAGUUUUUAGGUGGUUUUUAGACAGUUAACACGUUGUCAACUGGCAGUUUUUAAGCAGACUGUAAACUGGCAGUUAAUGAGCAGUUAAUUGCCCGUUUUUUUUCUCCUGGGUGAUUACGUAUGAUAAGGUAAGGUAAAGCAGGGAGGUUAAGAAGAGAUGGCAUAAAAUAACAUAAGAUAGAACAAAGAAAGGCAGAGACCACUUGAACGAGACGAUUGUUGUUCUAUGACUCCCUCUCAGGUGUCACCAUCUCAUCCUUCAUCCCUCUAGAAUGGUCCGAGUGAGAGCAGAAGAUUUGGCUUCUAAAAGCAGUCAGAAAAGCCGCAGUUGUACCACAACCGGGGAAAUGAAGCAUACGGUAAAGACAAGCAAGUUACGGUAAAAUAAGUGAGUUAAGAAAAGAGAAAAUACUUUGAGGUUAAGUAAGAUAAAUGGAGGACAGAGAAGUUUGUAUAAGAUUGAGCGACGUUUUUGCAGGCUAUUUGUUAUUGUAUGAAUAGUUUACUUCAGGCCGAAAAAGUUAAAGAAAACGAAAAUGGCGAGUCGAACGGAUCUUCAAAGGAAACCAUGGGGAUCCAGUCUUGACUCAUCGUUUGGAAAUGAAUUCAUCACCAGUUGAAAAUCGAAUCGGUCACUUCAACAAGCCACAAGUUCGUCUCACUUUUGCUCGAUUUGUCAAUUUUGUUUUUCAGCUUGAUGUCUCUUCGAUCUCGAGCUUGGAUCGUCGCCGAUCGACUGUCUUACUGUAAUAUUAAAGGUAAUCAGAAUUCUCAUCAACGUCACUUCAACAUACAACAUUACGGUGUAAGAUGCACAGCUAGAGCGAAGAGUGACGAGUAAGAUUCAUUUGUCUUUCAGGUCGAGUCCCUUCUUCGAACACCGAGGAAUCUCUCAGACAAUGUUUGGCAAACAUUGUCUGAGAGAUUAAUUUCCUAAAGCCAGUGAUGUAGCACUCACGAAUGGCUUUAGGAAAUUUCAUCGAACGGUAAUUCCGUAGAAAAAACUGAAAGUAAACUUAUAUGUGGUGACUCAGUCUCAUGCUGCGCACCCCAUAUACCCCACUUUUACGCAUCUGAGCUGCCAAUAAAACAUUCGACACACCAUGGCACACUCCUCAUUGAGUAUUAAGAUAGAACUGUUCGCGCAGUCGUUGAAGACCGAAAGGAAGGGAAAACUUCAACAGCAAAGCUAUUUCCUUUACCAGGUGAGGCAUAAUGAUUGCACCUUCGAGUAUUUUACAAAUAUCUCACCACAGAUAAAUCAUAUAAUCUUGAUUUUUUUCUUAAAAUAUGCGCCGUAACAAGUUCUACGAAACCUGUAAGAGCAGAUCCCUAUUGACCAGUUCUGAUGGUGUUUCCUUGACCCAAAAUAAACAGGUUACAUGACGAUGCUAUGUCCCACGGUAUUUAGCAUAAUAGAAAUAUGUGGAAGACUUUUUUAUUUUGCAAUAAGAAUUUGUUCAUACAACUUUGGUAGAGCUUUUUUCUAAUCUCUGAAUCAAGCGUCCCUAUAAUUCAUCACUCUAAUUGCUCUCUUUCUUCGUCCAUUAAAAUUUUUGCCAAUUCUGUGGUAUACGUAAUAUGUGGUGUCUAUUCUGUAAAAAGUAAUGUUCAAUGCAAUAUAAUGUUUUCUCUUUCUUUGUUAUAUCAUAUAUUUUGUUUUCAGUUAACGCAUGCACAUAUAUUCAAGCAUACAUUUUAUUCCUUUUUUUCUUUGCUCAAGUGGACGGAUCUUCUUUCUUCUCUAUUUAUAAACUAGUCUGUGAAGAUUUUGUUUUACUCUUUUUCAUUUUUAUAUAUAUUCAAACUGUUUCAUUGUUAUAUUCAUUCUGCUUAUAAUAAAUACAUAUUAAAGAGAUACAAUAUCACUUUCAUACCCAUUGACGCAGGUUGAUGAUUUCUCUCUCUCGCAGCAUAUUUUGUUUAGCUUCUCCAGAACCCACUAGACACUGGUCUCGGCUUAUUCAUAGAGGCGUGAGACUGAACUCAUUUCUCGUGAUUACUAGUCGUUUUCAGCAUCGGAGAGCUAACAUCACUUCUUACGGUUAUUACAAUGUACUUAGUUUUUCUGACAUUUUGUUGAACAAUACAAUUUAUUUUUCUAGUCAUGCGUAUGGAUGUGUUGUGGGUUACUAGAAAAAUAACAUCUGAUCAUCAAACUAAUUAGCACAUAGACAAACAGAAAAAUAUUAUUGACCGAAUAUUCUGUAGACUUUUUUAAACCCGAUCGACGAUAUUAAACUGCAAUUUUGUAUAUUCUACCGCUUCAUCUUUUCCUCUCUGACCUAUUAAGACACGAAAAAAGUAUUUUUUAGUUGUUGGAACCCGAUCCAUUUCGACCUCUGUUAUAUACCUUUAUCACUGACAAAAAGCAAUCAAAAUGGUGCUUCGGAACCCCUCACGAGACUCUAAAUUUGGAAAAAUCCUUUAUACUCACCCACCCUCAUGCUUCCUCUAAGGUAGUAAAUAGUGGAGUUGCGUUUUAUUGCAUCAGCUUUUAUAGCUUUUUUUUUCUUUCGUUACAAUGUCAACAGCCCUUUUUGUUUCAUCAUAAGAUAAGAUUUAUUUUCAGUUGUAAACGUACUCUUUGUUUGACUAUAUAUUUAACGCAGUAUUGUUUUAUAAACUUUAAAGAGUAUAUAGUUUUUUUAUUAAUUGUGUUGAGUAAUAAAAAAAGGUUAACUGGAAAUCACUACGUUUGUAGACUUACUCGGAAAGUUAAAUUAUUAACCAAUUUCGACAUUCUUUCUUUUAGAUGACUUCCAAUUAUUCAAACGUUCUAUUAGACAACUUGGACAUUUUAGCUACUUGUGCCAGUGGUCUCUUUGCUGGUGCUUCACUUUACAUUAAUCUUGCACAAGUACCUUCUUUAAAUGCUAGUUUAAGUACUGAUGAACAUUGGAAAUAUUUUCCAUCAAUGUUAAAAUGUGCAGCACCAAGUCAAUCUAUCCUUGCAUUUACAAGUGGAAUAUUCUCUUUAAUGCAUGCCUAUCGUAUGCCACAAAAUUUUCCUAAUAUAUGGUAUACUGCUGGAAUAUUGAUGUCUCUUAUUGUGCCAUAUACAUCUUUAGCUAUUAUGCCAACAAAUAAUUUGAUUAUGGAUUCAGUAGAUUCGACCAAGGCAACUACGAAGGUUUAUACUUCAGCAGAAAAGAAGAAACAUUUGGGAAAAUGGGCUACUUUACAUACACCUCGAACUGUAGCAACGUUGGCUGCGUUUGGAUUAAUGAUCUACGGUUUAAAAAAUAAAUAG